AUGGCUACCAGGCGCUUAUUCUUGGUCUUUUUGGCCGUAAAGUUGCUUCAUUUGCUUAUAUUUUACCUCCUGCCCGGUCAAUUCGAUAUCCUGUCCAAUGUGCUUCUACAAAAAUACGCCCCAGAGAAAGACCUUCUAGUGAACGGUAUACUGACAUCGAUCAAACCCAUCGACACCCUACUCCGAAACUUCGUUCGUUCAUUUCUAGAUGAUGUUGUUGAUAAGUUUGUUACAUGGGAUGCCGUGUACUUUGCGGAUCUUUUCGCCAAUGGCUUGACUUACGAGCAUCAGUUCGUCUUCUGCCCUCUUUGGUGGAGACUCGUUAGAAUGAUUCCAGUCAAUUCCAACGUGAUUUUUUACCACCGCUUGAUAUAUGCGACGGGGCUUUCCAAUAUCUGCCAUUUUGCGGCCGCUGUGAUGCUCUACCACUACACAUUCAUUCUUUUCAACCAGGCCAGGCUCUUUCCCCCACAGAAGAUGGCAGAAUUGACGGCGUUUUUCUUUAUCCUUCUGCCGGGUGCCGCCUUUUUGACUGCUCCAUAUUCCGAAAGUAUCGCUGCCUUGUUCAGUUUCACCUGCUUGGGCCUACGAGAGAAGAGUCUUGAGUUCGUCGUGGGUGCAAAAUCCAAGUCAGAUACUAAAAAGGUGCUUUAUGUGCUUAGUGGGCUCGCUGCGGCACUAGCUUUUGGUUUCAGAGCAAAUUGCCUUCUUCUAGGAUUCAUAUACAUCUACGAUUUGGUCAGGUUCAGUACCUCAGCGCCAUGGCUUCCGUUAGUCACUGGUCUGAUCCUAGGUUUGGCCUUCUUUAUGUCAAAUGUUUACAACUACGUCGAAAUUUGCUUGCCAGGCACCCGUGGCGAGUGGUGCUCUAAGACAAUACCUUCGCUUUUUGCAUAUGCCCAGAGCCAUUACUGGAACAAUGGCUUAUUCAAAUACUGGACUCCAAAUAAUAUUCCCAACUUUUUAUUUGGUGCUCCUUCAAUUGGCCUUCUGGCUUUGAGCAUCAAAUAUUUUACCCACAUCUAUCCUGUGAACAGGAUCUUGCCGGUUUCCUUAGUGGGUGGUGUGUUUCUUUUAGCACUCCUACUCUUCUGGCAUGUUCAGAUCGUUACAAGAAUCCACACCUUCCUUCCGUUGGUGUACUGGCUUGUGGCGGGAUUGUGGGUCCACAACGACUUUCCAAUAGCUAAAAAGGUGAUUUUUGGAUAUUUCAUAGUAUGGAAUGUCGUACAGCCUGCCCUUUUUGCGGCAUUCCUCCCACCAGCUUAA